UCUAUAUUUGCACAGGCAAACUAAAAUAUUUACACCUACAUCUAAAUGACCUUCUUCCCCAUUGAAUAAUUGUCCGAACUCUGUGAAAUCUUCACCAAUUUCUGAUCUAUAAACCCACCCACUCCCCGUCCUUUUCUCUAGCUUGUCACAUGCUAUCUUCUUCCCUAAGAUCUUCAGAUCGAAAUCAGUCGAAUCAUUGAAAACCGGGUUCACUUGUUACGGUAAAAGUUUCGGCGAAUUCAUCCUCAGUUCAUAACAGACGACGCCGUUUCCUUGCUGCCGGCGGCGACGUCCUUUAAUUCCAUUAACAUCUCAGCUGGUGAGUCUUUUUAAUUUGGGGAAUUCGCGCUUGUAGUCCCUCAAAUAUCAACAAAUUCUGAUUUUGAUCCUUGUGAUAUCUUGCUCUUGGUGGGAAAUUUGGGAAUAAUCAAUGGCAGCUCCAGGGGGACCUCGACCAGGGAAUAGACCACCACCCAACUAUAACCCUAAUGCACUUGCUGAUGGUAUGCAAAAUCUACAAUUAAAUAGACCUAACCAGUCACCUAGUGCUCCGAGGCCUAAUAACCCAUUUGGGCAGCAGCCACCUAGUGCUCCUAGGCCUAAUAAUACACCAUUUGGGCAGCAGCAGCCACCUUUUGCUGGUGGACCAGCCGUUAGUCGUCCAGGACCUCCACCACCUGGUGUGUUUCCCAGAGGUCCUAGUGGUGGUCCUCCAUACACUGGAUUGCCUCCUAAUGUAGCUUCUAGACCAACUGGCCCUCCUCAUGUGGCUCAAUCUGCUCCUCCCUUUGCAUCUCGGCCACCUCCUCCUGGUGCAAUGCCUCCUUCUAUUGGCGGUACAACCCCGCCGUCUGCAUUGGGUCCUCGUCCAGGGCCUCCGGGUCCUUUUGCUUCUUCGCCAUUGACAACAGGUUCAGCUGUGCCGCCACCAUCAAGCAUUUCUAGUUCGGUUAGUAAUGGACCACCUGCAGGUGGGCCGGGAAUGAUGCAGGGUGGAGCACGAUUUCCUCCUCCAAGCAAUACAAUGAGGCCACCAUUUGGAGCUUCUCCACCAGCUAUGGUUUCAUCUGGCACUCCUUCUCAGCCUCCGAGCAUGCGCUCACCCUUUGGCGGUCCAUCAUCUAUCAGCACAGCACCAGUUACAACACAACCGCCAGCACCAUUUUCGGGAUCAUUGCAGAAUGUGCCACCUCCUUCGGGUUCCUCUCCAUUUGCAGCACCUGGUCAAGGCAUGCCUCCACCCAUGGGUGCCCCUUACGGAACACAGUCGUGGCAAAUGCCACCCCAUCAGGGGCCUCCGCCUUCUGCUAUUCCUGGUUCAAUGCAACCACCAAGUAUGUACGGAAUGGCGCCUCCUCUUCCAAAUCAGGCAGUGGCUUCGAUAACUCCUUCUAUUGGUCAUACCAGCCCAUCAAAAGUUGAUCCCAAUCAAAUCCCGCGCCCAAUUCCAAAUGCCUCUGUAGUUCUGCAUGAAACCCGACAAGGCAACCAAGCCAACCCCCCUCCGCCUGCCACAAGUGACUAUAUUGUUAGGGACACUGGAAAUUGCAGCCCACGGUACAUGAGGUGUACUCUUAAUCAGAUUCCAUGCACUGUUGACUUUUUGACAACCUCGGCAAUGCCAUGGGCUUUAUUGGUCCAGCCCUUGGCUCUUCCUCAUCCAUCUGAAGAGCCCCUCCAUGUAAUGCACUCUUUGCCAUCUAUAUGUUCUUAUUUUAAUAGCCCUUCUCUGUGCUCGCUCGGGUAUUAGCUAAUACUCAUAACC